UGGGAGGGUGCAGGUUGGGAACAUGUGAAAGGACAGAGAGGGGGCAUCACCCUGGGAUGCAGAAACAGGCACUACAGUAACUGGCGUCACACCGCAAACACUCUAUUUCAAAAUAAAUUCAAAUGUCGUGAUAAGAGCACAAUAUAUGAAAGAAUUGUUAUGCCUACUGUUUAACGUUGACUUGCGGUCUAAAAGCAGGAUCCUGUUCCUCCCAAAAUUUACAUAUACACUAGAUAAAUUAUAGGGACGCUAUGUGUCUCCAUCUUGGCACUCCCCCACGUUGUAGAAAAUAUUUUGGAAGCUAUAGAAAUGCAUUUAUUCAUGUAUUUUAUUCUAUUACAGACACCUUAAUACAUACUUUUAAAUUAUAUUAUGUGAGCUAAAAAAAAUAAUAAUAAUCCUUAAAAGUAUCAUUUUGAGCGAUUACUAAUGUUACUGUCCUCACUACAAUAACAAAAAUACUUAAAUACAUGGAAUGUUGUGCUUGAAAUAUCUCAUUUAAAUAUUGUAGAAUUUAAUUAAUUCGUUCCUCCCCCACCAUCUAUCUUAAGUAAGUCUGCGUAUUGGCAGAUAGAGAGAGUACAUCAAGUGAACACCCUUCUAUCUUCCUCUCAACUUUUCCACCUACAACUGUUAGAUUAGUUAGUCAGGUAUAAUAUAAAAAAAUAUGUAUUAUAUGUUAUAUAUAAUAUGUAAAAGAUUAUCAACUGUAAAAUCGACAGUAGAUAUUAUUAGAAACUCUGAACUGACACAUUUUACACGUGUCAUGCAUUAUUAAACAUUAUUAAAAUGCCAGCAGUGAUCUGAAGAUCAAAGUGUUCUGGGCUUAAAGAGCGACUGCCCCUAAAAAACAACGAAUCCCUUUGAAAAUGGCCUAUGAGGCGUCCUUGUGAAUCAGAAUCAUUUAUUCUAGUGUCAAAAUUGAUUACAAAGUGUAAUAGCAUAAUUUUGGUUUUAAAGUCAGUCUCGCCUAAAAUGGAGUUUGGAACCUCAGUGUGUCACAACAAAUAAGUGAAGGUUGGGUUUGGAUUACAAUUAUGUCAACAAAUCAUGCUACCCUUUUCCAAGCUCCACAAGCAAAUCGCCCCUCAGCCUCCCUUUAUUGAAUGGGGCUCCCGUUGUUUCAUCGCCCCCAACCAACACGUUCAAAGGAUCAUGCUUUUCCAGAAGGCUGCACAGCCAAAAGACAAUGGUUUGCAUGCCCUGCCGAAGGACCCUAUCAUGCGCAAUAGGUGGUUGGAUUUCAUUGCUCUCCAGUGGUGACAAAGUGCACAGUUGGUCAUGAACGGAUGCCAGGACCAACAAGAAAGAGCAAAGCUUCUCAGGAAAGACCUCAGAAUAAAAGUACUUGUGUGAUAAGGAGGACCGAGCACUCCCCCAUUCUCAUCGACAGGGCUGUAGUGGAGCAGGUUGAGAGCUUCAAGUUCCUUGGUGUCCACAUCACCAACAAACUAGAAUGGUCCAAACACAACAGGACAGUUGUGAAGAGGGCACGACAAAGCCUAUUCCCCCUCAGGAAACUAAAAAGAUUUGGCAUGGGUCCUGAGAUCCUCAAAAGGUUCUACAGCUGGAGCAUGACUGGUUGCAUCACUGCCUGGUACGGCAAUUGCUCAGCCUCCGACCGCAAGACACUACAGAGGGUAGUGCGUACUGCCCAGCACAUCACUGGGGCUAAGCUGCCUGCCAUCCAGGACCUCUAUACCAGGCGGUGUCAGAGGAAGGCCCUAAAAAUUGUCAAAGACCCCAGCCACCCCAGUCAUAGACUGUUCUCUCUACUACCGCAUGGCAAGCAGUACCAGAGUGCCAAGUCUAGGACAAAAAGGCUUCUCAACAGUUUUUACCCCCAAGUCAUAAGACUCCUGAACAGGCCAUACCAGUCAACACCACCUCAACACCACCUCAUAAGACUGCCUGCUGCACUUGUUCGAGAGAUGUCCAGUUUGCAGCCGGACAUGGGGGCCCUCAUCAGCAUAAUUCAGACAUGCCCCUCGCUUAUCUUUGAAGAGGGGGCAGGAGCUAAUCUACGCUGCCAUGUCUAUCAAUGGGGCUCUGGCAAUGACCUUACCUCUUGCCUGCCCACCAAUGGUCGUCGAUGGGGAGAACAGAAUUAGAAACAUGUAUGGAGCCAGCACAUGGAGACUUGCAAAAUGAUGUGAUGAAGUCCAGACCGACAGACGCACUUGAUACUGAUGUCCUUGAAUGUAGAGAGACCUGGAACUCAUCAUAAAAUGUUUACUAGACACAA